AGCCGCAUUAGCGUUUGCAUUCGGAAAUUAUAAUCAUUUAACUCGCAUUUAUCCUGAUUCCUGGGAAAAUGGAAGACGGCCACAUGGGGGAAAAAUGUACAACUUUGGAGCAUGCAAGCCAAGAUCAGCAACGUAAUUUUAUUUGCGGCGUUAUUGAGGGCUUCUACGGCCGGCCUUGGACAACCGAGCAGCGAAAAGAUUUGUUUCGCAAACUGAAAAAAAUGGGCAUGGACUCGUAUAUGUAUGCGCCUAAAGAUGACUACAAGCACCGGGCAUACUGGCGCGAGCUCUAUACAGUCGAAGAGGCCGAUCAUCUAUCAAGUCUGAUUUCAUCUGCUAAGGAGGCUGGCAUUGUUUUCUACUAUGCUCUUUCGCCGGGUCUGGAUAUGACGUACAGCAGCCAGAAGGAGAUUGCAACGCUGAAACGUAAACUGGAUCAAGUGUCACAGUUUGGCUGCGAGGCAUAUGCGCUGCUCUUCGACGACAUCGAAUCGGAGUUGUCCAAGGCCGACAAGGAAGUGUUCCAGACCUUCGCCAAUGCGCAUGUCUCGGUAACCAAUGAGAUUUUCACUCACUUGGGCUGUCCCAAGUUCCUCUUCUGCCCGACGCAGUAUUGCGGCACACGUGCCGUCCCAACUGUCGUGGAUUCGGAGUACUUGAACACACUGGGCUCCAAGCUGAACAAUGUGAUUGAUAUUCUCUGGACGGGCGACAAAGUCAUCUCGAAGACGAUAACCAUUGACUCAAUAAGGGAAAUCACGGAGAUACUGCGUCGUCCGCCUGUCAUUUGGGAUAAUCUGCAUGCGAAUGAUUACGAUCAGAAGCGUGUAUUCCUUGGACCGUAUUCGGGUCGAUCGCCGGAGCUGAUACCCCAUCUGCGUGGUGUUAUGACCAAUCCGAACUGUGAGUUCUAUGGCAAUUUCAUUGCUGUGCACACGCUCGCCUUCUGGUCACGCUGCAACCUGGACUCGAAGAUGAACAGCUCGCUGAGCGCCGAUAUCAAACUGGAGACUGAAAACGAAGACGAUCUGCCCGCAGAAUGUCUGUCCAAGAACGUCUAUCAUCCACGUCUAGCUCUCAAAAAUGCAAUUUCUGAGUGGCUGCCGGAGUUCUUUGUGGAGAAGGAGGCGUGGGGACCGAUUACAAAGCCGCAGCCGCAAGUUGAAAUGGUUAUGCCGAUUAUUCCGAUAAUACCGUCGCUCAACACGUGCAUGAGUCUUACGACGACGACAACAACGUCGACGAAUACGCGCACGGUGCCCGAGGUGAACACCACCCAGUUGCAGGCACUGGCCGAUGUGUGCAGCACAGUUAGCUCUACAAUGGCGCCAAUUUCCAAUCCAGUGAUGAACUCUUUGGUUUCACCGACGAAAGUUGUGACAAACGAUGACAUUAUAAAUCCCAUACGCACAACUGUUGCAUCCAAUAUUGAGUUGCCAAAGAAGAUACCCAUUUCCAUAAUGCCAGUGCCCGUCAUGGAGACCAAGAGCGUUGAGGAAACCAUUAAGCUGAGCUGCGAGAUAUUCGAACCGGCCAACAAGGCGGAGCCUCUCAAUGAACCCUCCAAAAGCGAUCUCACGCCCACAUCCGAUGACAUUCUCAUUGAUGGGAAGCGCGAGCAGGUGGCGAAUUUAAAUGUCGACACGAUGUUGGAUGAAAACUUGAGUCUCAGUCCAUUGAGUGGUGCCGGCAUCAAUGAGCCCAUGGAGUGCAGCAGCAUUAACUCUCAGAUUUCGCCCAAGGAGGCCGUCAAACUGGUUACCGACGAUGUUGUUAUGGAGGAAUCGGGAAACGAUGCGAAUAGUAUGCAUGUGGAAAGUUCAUCAGCGUCACCGGAAUCCACUGCGGAAAUGCACGACGAAGUCGAUGAUGACCAAUUGGGCGCCAAAUCCACUGCAAGCUGCAAUAAGAUAACUUUGGAUGAUUUGAACCUGCUUUGUGAUUUAUUCUAUUUACCCUUUGAGCAUGGCAGUCGUGGCCUGAAACUACUCAGCGAGUUUCAAUGGCUGAAAGUCAAUGCGAAUGUGCUGCUCCAGGAUCACAGCAGUGGCAGUAGCAGCGACGCUAGCAAGUCCAUUAAGCCAGAAGUGAGUGAGUGGAUGCAGCGCAGCGAAAUUUUCUCCGAGCUUUGUGGCUGCGUGCAGAAGUUGCUGGUGAAGAUCGCCUACUGCGAGAACAAGGAGAUAUGCCACAACUUGUAUUCGUAUGUGUGGGACAUAUCGGGUGCACUGUCGCUGCUCAAUUGCUACAUCAAGUGGCUGUCGAUGGCAAAAUUUCCGCAGAAUACAUCCUCAUUCACUGAGGGCAGCUACACGUGGUUUAGCAAAGGCUGGAAAGAGGCUUUCAUGUCCGGCGAGCAGGAACCAUGGGUGUUUCGCGGUGGCCUCACUGCAGAUUUGCAGCGCCUGAUGCCUGUUGACUCGGCCAAUGAUUUGUUCGUUUACAAGUUGCCCGAACAGCCGACCGCAAACUAUUAUCUACUGAGGCCAUAUCAGCAUCAGGAUGAGCAACAAAUAAACGCAAUCUGCACACGCACCUACAUGCAAUGGCAGAGUGAACCGGAUGGCGAUGAAAUCCUACUGCCCGCCCAAUUCGCUGACAUUGUGUCGGACGCUAUGGUUGGUGGUCACUUGACUCUGCAUCCGGAACUCUGUUUGGUGGCCUAUGACAAGAGUAACUCGAUUGUUGGCUAUGCCUGCGCCGCUUUGGAUAUUAAUUUGUUUAAGCGCAAUAUGGAAUUAUGCUGGCUAACUGAGCUGCGCGAGAAAUAUCCCAAGACUCUGCUGGAUGACACCGCAAAGUCGCACAAGCUUGUCUCAAGUUUUGUGGAGCGUUUCCACAUGCAUGUCGACGAGGUCGUCUGCCCCACCGAGGUCUACGGCACCUUUCCGGCUGUGAUAAGCGCCGCAACGUUGCGGGAGGCGGAACAGCAUGAUAAUGGCAUAGCCAAGCGACUCCUGACCGUAUUGCUUGCCGCAUUACGCGCCUGUGGCUGUUUCGGGGUGCACGCCUGCGUGCCACAAGAAGAUCGGGAGCAAGUGAAUUUCUACACAAAGGUUGGCUUCGUUGACAUCUAUCGCGAUGAGGGCAGUAAGUGCAUUUAUUUGGGUCGACGCUUCUAGCAGGCAGAACAAAUGCUGCAGUUCCUCUGAAAUGGCUGCCACAGAAUUGAUCACUGCCAGGGAUGCUUUUUCCUUGCUUCGACAUCUGGUUUCCUAUUCGUGUAUAUUCGUCUCAAUGCGCAUUAUUCGUUCUUGAUAACUGGCGUUUUUUAAAAAUAUUUUUUUAUUGUAUGUAUUAUUGUGAAGAUCUUUUAUACGACUUGUCCUUAGUUGCGACCAAUCUCAGUCCUGUGUACACCCAAUUAAUGUGUAUGUCGACUGUGCCCCAUUAUCUAGCAUUUAACUUAAUUAUACGUGCAUAGUUUCUCUUUGCCCCACAAGCACUGAAGCAAAUAAAAAAAACUCAAGAAACUCGACUUAUUAACAAUAAUAAAAUCAACUUUUAUUAACUA